AUGCGCGCCUUCACUCUUAUUACCGCUGUAUCGGCGCCCCUCGUGGUGUUAGCCGCUCCGAUUAUUACUGAGCGUCAAGGAACUUCUAAGUUUUGCACACGGAUCACACCAUCACCUUCGGCAGAAGAGACCGAAAAGAGAUUUAACGAGUUCGCGGACCUUUUCCUUGUUAAGAAGGAUGUUUAUAAGGCCUUCGAGUACAUCCUUCCCGAAUACAUCAACCACAACCCCCUGGCUCAGAACGGAGCUCAGAACGCUUUAGAUAUCCUUGCCCCAAUUUGGGGGAGCCAGUCGAUAACAGUGUUACGAACUAAGUUCGAGGGCGAGAUGUCCUGGCUUAACUACAGGAACUCAAUGGGCGAGAUUGUUGACCGAUACCGCUGGGAAGAUGGUUGUAUUAUCGAGCACUGGGACCAAGGGGAGAAGUUUCCGACGUCUUGA